CGCUCCAGCGCCGCCUCGGCUCUUGGCAUAGUAAUCUCAGUUCCUGAUCGCUCAGAGCUGGCUCCAGGCUGCAGCGGACCGCUCGAAUCCCCCAGCAGUGGUGUGGAGGAGCCGGGGCUGGGUAGCGACUGGAAGCCCAGCAAAGCACAGACAGCGGCCCAGCGGGGGACACUCCGUGGGAGCAGGCCAGUUCUUCAGAAGACUCAUCCCUAUGUCUUCCCUCUGAAUUCCGACUACUUCCCAGUGGAACACAGACUUGGAACAGACACUGGGGUGCUCUUGGAGAGAGGUCCCAUGGGGACUGUACCUUACCCUCUGAGGGUGACUAAAGCUUCGAUAGUGGCAGCUUCUAGGAAGGAAGAGUCUCCAGGGGAGCUGCAGAGUGUCUCACCACAACCAGCUCAGCCAGAUAAGAAUGUUAGUGACAUUGGCAAUGCUCCUGCAGAACUCAGCCUCAGGCUCAGUUCAGCUGCUCCGGCCCUGAUACAAGCGUGCGUGCAUGAGGCCAGCCUGCAAGACAUGACAUCUCCUGGCGUCUUCAAUGAGGUGGAGCAAGUGUCUCCCAAGAACAACACUCCUGAUGACUCCCAGCUUCAAGGAAGCAAGGAGUCAACAGUACCAGAAGCAAAUGUUUCUGCAAAAAAGGAACUUACAUCUGCACCAUUUUUAACGUCUGCAGUCCAGCACACGCACCAUGCUAUCCGAAGCGACCCACCAAAUACUAGCACCUGUCCAGUACCUGAAGAUUCCUUGGUGAGAUCAGAGGCAAACUCAAACAGUGAGAAACCUGAAAAGUCAAGUUGCCCCACCAGGGUCACCUGUUGCAGCAGCAAAAACGAAGUGUUCUGUGAUUUCCCUUCUCCAGAAAACAGCCAGGGAAUUGUGCAGACUCUAGAUAGGGCAAUGAGGAGUCGCUCAUCCCCUUCUGCAGACAGACCUGAGGGAGAAGAGCAGAAAGCCAUCAAUAGCACCACAGUGGUAUCCAGUGAACCUCCAGCAAGAGGGGAAUGCUCAGAGAACAGACAGCCCUCGGACACUGUCUUGGACACCACAGAUGAAAGGUCGGAAAACCCUCCACUGUCCUCCCUUACCAGCAGAGAGGCCACAUGUUCUUCAGAGGCAAGACAAGUACAGCUGCCAACACAGCAUCCCACAUCAAGGUUCAAAGAAGCCAGUACAAUGACCUGCCAAGCUGAAAGCGAGGCUAAGGAGGUCCCUGGCAGGGCUUGGCAAGAUGCUGAGGUGCAGGCAGUAGCAAGUGUGGAAAGCAGGUCUGUCUCUACCAGCCCCAGUAUCCUCCCUGCAUUUUUAAAGGAAAACCCUGCUCUUGAGCAGGAGAAUGGUCAAGAGCAGCUGCGGGUCAUUUACCAUGACAAGGGCAGUGGAAGCCGCUUGUUGGAACUCUCUAACAGCAUGGUAGACCCCCAGGAGUCAAGAAAGCACCCCAGCAUUGUACCGCAAGUACAUAUCCAGGCCCCUGUUGCCACUUCUACAGCUUUCAAAGGGGGGUGCAAACCAGCUAAGCAGCCAGCUGAAGGCCUUAAGUCCCCACUGAUCCAUGUGGCCUCCAGUCAAAACCUGGAUACAGAGGAAGACCUGCGAUCUUCAACAAGCAAAGAGGCAACCUCCAGGGAGCUUACAGGUACUAAUCGUGGCUCCCAGAAAGCUACCACCAUUGCACAAAUCUCUGUCCUGGCAGGGAGUCAAGCUGAGAUAAGUCAUGGGUUGGGGAACUCUGAACCCAGGGCACCUGAACUUGUAGAGAAAACUGCAAAUGACCACAAAACAGAGCCAGACUGCAAACUGUCCAACUCCCGUGGAGGUGUAAAUGAAGACCAACCCCUGGAGAGCUUGGACCCCACUGAUAAAAGAGAUGCAAAGGACAAAAAUCCUGCUUCUCCUCUUAUCGUGAAAGAUCAUGCGUCUGGAGUCACCAGCACCCCAGAUGCCAAAACCCUACUACUAAAUCCUAAAUCUCAAGGAAGUGAGGGACCAGAGGUCAGUCCCGCGCCGUCCCCAGGGAGGAAGAACCAGCAGAACACCGUGGAAGAACACAGGCAGACCAAGACAGUCACGAGCCUGAGCUUGCCAUCAGAUGGUACAGGUGACUCGAGCCCAGGUUCUGGUAAGAGGACCCCUUCUCGCUCAGUCAAGGCCAGCCCUCGAAGGGCCAGCCGGGUCAGCGAGUUCCUGAAGGAGCUCAACGUGACAGCAGCUGCUGCCCAAGUGGGGCUUACACCUGGAGAGAAGAAGAAACAGCUGGGUGCAGAGUCCAAGCUGCAGCUGAAACAGUCUAAGCGAGUGAGGGACGUGGUGUGGGAUGACCAGGGCAUGACCUGGGAAGUGUAUGGUGCUUCCUUGGACCCAGAGUCCCUGGGAGUUGCCAUCCAGAACCAUUUACAAAGACAAAUUAGGGAACAUGAGAAAUUAGUUAAAACACAAAGUGGCCAGACUCGAAGAUCUAUUUCCUCAGAUUCUUCUUCAAGUAAGAAGCUUAAAGGGAGACAACAGGGCGUUCUACAGUCUAUGCUGCAAAACUUCCGGCGCCCCAACUGCUGUGUCCGUCCUGCUCCGUCCUCAGUGCUGGACUAAAAGGGAACUGCACUGUUGUAUGAGCUGUGGUAUUCCUUGUGUCUAUUUGUGUCGAAGCUUAGAAGUUUGGAUUUCUGAGUUUGUUUUUUUGUUUUGUUUUGUUUUGGGGGUGGGGGAUUGUUGUUGUUUCCUUCGAGACUUAGGAGUAAAAGCAACUAUUAAGUUUAAGAAUUAGCUAUUACAGAUUGUUGGGUCCUCCAUAAAUAAAAUGUGUUUCACGCUGA